AUGGACCUACCCGAUCGGCAGGACGAUGUUUCAAAUACAAGUUUGCCUCCAGUGACAACGAAGCCCCGCAAAAUCACCCUGACGAAAUACACCAUCUACGUUACCACGCAGAGAAUGUACAUUGUUGGCAGCAAUGGCCGUGAAACGGUGUUCAGGAUCAUGGAAAUUGACCUCACCUCUGGAGAUAAGCUGAUUAUCAUGGAGGACAAUGUUUUUUUCACUAGAAAUGAGAUCAUGGACGUCCUCAACGGACUAGAGGAGAGCAGCGAGGGCGGUCUCAGCAAGAAAAUCACCGCUGUCGGGCUUCUGGGGUUUAUAAGAUUUACCAAGCAUUACUACCUGUGUGUGGUGACAAAACGGCGGCCAGUGGCGAUACUCGGAGGAUAUUAUUUGUACCACAUCGAUGCUACCGAGCUAAUUCCCGUUGCUAGCAGCCCCAAACGGCCAGAUCGGAACUCGGAAGAAGCUCGCUACAUCUCCACAUUUCAAAAUAUUGACCUUGGAAAGACAUUUUACUACAGCUACAAUUACGAUCUUACCAACACGCUGCAGGUCAAUUUUCUGAAGAAUAAAAGACAGUCACUAGGUCUGAACAAACAGGACCUUGCCAAAACAUUUGAGUAUCACGAUCGCUUUGUGUGGAACUCGUUUCUGCUCAAGCCUGUGUUCAAGACGUUCGACCGGGUGUACGACUGGUUCCAGCCGAUUAUUCACGGAUUUAUUGACCAGGUGAAUAUUUCGAUUUUUGACGUUCAGGUAUAUGUCACCCUGAUAGCUCGCCGAUCACACCAUUUUGCAGGUGCAAGAUUUUUCAAAAGAGGCGUCAACGAUCGCGGAGAUGUGGCGAACGAAGUGGAAACGGAGCAGAUAGUAAGUGACAUGCUCACCACUUCCUUCCAUGAUCCGGAGGGUGGAUUCUACAAUAACCCUCGGUACACCUCGUUUGUGCAACAUAGAGGAUCGAUUCCGCUUUCGUGGUCUCAGGAGACUGCCCCGAAUAUCAGAAUGACAAAACCCCCGAUCGAAAUCAACGUGGUCGAUCCUUUCUAUUCCGCAUCUGCUCUCCAUUUUGAUAAUUUGUUCAAACGGUACGGAGCACCGGUGCAGAUUCUCAAUUUGAUCAAACAACGAGAGAAGACUGCAAGAGAGACAAAACUACUGAGCGCGUUCGAAGAUUGCAUAAAAUACCUGAACCAGUUUCUUCCUGAAAAGAAGAAAAUCGACUACACGGCGUGGGACAUGUCCAGAGCGUCGAAAAACCGCGGUCAGGACGUUAUCGAGUGGCUCGAAAAUUACAGUGCGAAAACCCUGGAAACGACAGGUUUCUUCCACAACGGAAAAACGCUUGCACAGACUAAACUGCAGCAAGGCAUAUGUCGUACGAACUGCAUUGAUUGCUUGGACAGAACCAAUACCGCGCAAUUUGUGAUUGGUAAAAGGGCGCUCGGCCACCAGUUGCAUGCCUUAGGGCUUAUCAAGGAGAAGUAUUUGGAGUACGACUCCGACGCAAUCAACAUUCUGACCGAAAUGUUUCAUGACCAUGGCGAUACAAUCGCUUUGCAGUACGGUGGCUCUCACCUCGUCAACACAUUGCAAACUUACAGAAAAAUCAACCAAUGGACCUCGCAUUCGCGCGAUAUGAUUGAAAGUGUGAAACGGUUCUACAGUAACUCGUUUGUUGACGCGCAACGGCAAGAAGCUAUCAACUUGUUCUUAGGUAACUACGUCUACGAGAAAGGGCUCCCGAUGCUUUGGGACCUGAACACCGAUUACUAUCUGCACAAUGACUAUUACGGAGUUCUUCUAAAUUACAAACCAAGCUACACGCAUUGGUACUCAGACUGCCAUCUUGAAUCACCCGACUGUGGCAAGGACGAUGGAAUGUUCGUGCCGAAAAUCGACCCCUAUCCAGGGUGCUUCGACAACUACUGGAACAUAAAGUACGUUCCACGGGAGCUGACUAGUUUCAGCCAGUUGUUUGAAUUUAACAUGAAUUCAACUCUGAGAUUCAAUGACGAGCAACCGAAAGACGCUUCCUCUGCGGUUUCGACACACUCAACAAUGAACAAGGUCAAAGAGACAAGAAACAAAGCAAAGCAACGGAUUCAAAAGCUGGCCUUGACUGAAAAAAAUAGCAUUUCCAAUUUUUCGGAGUAUGAAUAUGAGGGUUAUGUGUCGCCCUUCAAGUCGAGAAAGCCACACAGGGAACUUCACUUCUUCGACCUGGAAGAUAUGAGCGAUAACACGCAAGUUCACGAGUCCAUAGAGCCAGAGUCCGAAGACCUUUUGGAGUUUUACCGUCAUCAGUUCGAGCAACUGAGGUUGUCGGACCAACAGCAGGCACUUCGAAUUGAUAAGAUCAAUGAGGUAAUCGAGGACCGCAUUCUUCCGAACAAAGAGCUCCCUGUUGUUGAUCUCGCAACUAAUGAGCUUAUCGGUGUGUCCGAUAGUGAUUCGCUUUUUGAUACCAUGAGUGUCGCAACGGGAAGCACCGAUUUCGAAGUGGCGUGCCAACAGUACUCCAAUAGAUAUCCAGUGGUAUCGAUUGAGAACCAACAGUGCUACGAGAAAUGUGUGAGCCUUGACUUGCGGAUAAACGAUGAACUGACGUUUGAUGAUGUUUUGGAGACAAGCUCGAAAGUGGACUUUUAA